GUGAGGAGAAAGAGCCCUAGCUUCACUUGAUCUCCAGCUUCCAACUUAAGUGGAACUUGAGAGGAUCUGAACUUCUGGAUUUCAGGACAAGUGAAGAAGGUUCUUUGAGCCAUAAAGAUGAAGAGUCUACUUCUUCUGGUGCUGAUUUCAGUCUGCUGGGCUGAUCAUAAUUCGGACAACUAUACUCUGGAUCAUGACAGAGUCAUUCACAUUCAAGCAGAAAAUGGCCCCCGUCUACUUGUGGAAGCAGAACAAGCCAAGGUGUUCUCACACAGAGGUGGCAAUGUCACACUGCCAUGUAAAUUUUAUCGAGACCCUACAGCAUUUGGCUCAGGAAUCCACAAAAUCCGAAUUAAGUGGACCAAGCUAACGUCAGAUUACCUCAAGGAAGUGGAUGUUUUUGUUUCCAUGGGCUAUCACAAAAAAACCUAUGGAAGUUACCAGGGUAGAGUGUUUCUGAAAGGAGACAAUGACAAUGAUGCUUCUCUGGUGAUAACAGACCUCACCCUGGAGGAUUAUGGGAGAUACAAGUGUGAGGUGAUUGAAGGGUUAGAAGAUGAUACUGCUGUGGUAGCAUUAGACCUUCAAGGUGUGGUAUUCCCUUACUUUCCACGACUUGGGCGCUACAAUCUCAAUUUUCAUGAGGCACAGCAGGUUUGUCUGGACCAGGAUGCUGUGAUCGCCUCCUUUGACCAGCUCUAUGAUGCCUGGCGGAGUGGGCUGGACUGGUGCAAUGCAGGCUGGCUCAGCGAUGGGUCUGUACAGUACCCCAUAACAAAGCCACGAGAGCCCUGUGGUGGACAGAACACAGUGCCUGGCGUCAGGAACUACGGGUUUUGGGAUAAAGAUAAAAGCAGAUAUGAUGUUUUCUGUUUUACAUCCAACUUCAAUGGCCGUUUUUACUAUCUGAUCCACCCCACCAAGCUGACCUAUGAUGAAGCCGUGCAAGCUUGUCUCAAUGAUGGUGCUCAGAUUGCGAAAGUGGGCCAAAUAUUUGCAGCCUGGAAACUUCUAGGAUAUGACCGCUGCGAUGCGGGCUGGUUGGCUGAUGGCAGCGUCCGCUAUCCUAUCUCUAGGCCAAGAAGGCGUUGCAGUCCUACUGAGGCUGCAGUGCGCUUUGUGGGUUUCCCAGAUAAAAAACAUAAGCUGUAUGGUGUCUACUGCUUCAGAGCAUACAACUGAGAGUGCCCCUAGAGAGCGUCAGUUUUAGAGUUCUUAAGAACAUGUGAAAGGUUUUUUUUCAAUAUGAACUCAUGCAAGUUACCAAAACUGUGAUAACCCUUUUUUACUUACUGUAAAGAGUCAUUUUCAUAAAGACCAAUUCAUUAAUUUGUUUUUGUAAAACUGUCAGUCAAUGUGUAUUAUAAAUUAAUAUAAUUUUAAAAGAAGUUCUACAUAAGAAGGCUUUAAAGCCAAACUGUUUAAACUACAUCUUUCCAACAAAGUAUCCUUUCAUGAACAGGCAUGCAAUAGCUUGAAAACUGCUAGGAUUAUGUUAAGGAAAGCAAAGCUACUCAGAGCAGCAGCUUCCACAAGCACAAAUUUUACACAUUUCUACAAUUUUGAAAUACAGUACAAUAAACAAAUUAAAGCAACAGAUUUGAAAUACAGGCUUCUUUCCAUGAACUGAGAUUCUAACAGGUUACACAAAACUCAGUUUCACAAGGGAACAAUCUACAUUUUUCUAAACGUUAGUAUUUCAAGUCUCCAGUAGACAAAAUACUUUACUCUUUAAAAUCCUGCCUUU